AUGGAGGGUAUCAUCAGCCAUGAGUCCGCCGGCAUCAGGGAAUUUCGAUUCCCCCCGGGCCAACAACGAUCGAGCAGCAGCAGUGACGAUGCCAAUAAUGACGAGACCUCCCCAAUCUCACCAGUGACCUCUCCCCCCUACUGGAUGCAAUCGCAUCAGAGAUCCGUCUCCAACAUAUCCAUCGAGUCCAUCCCGCGGGGCGCCAUAACGCUGCAAGAUAACACCGAUGGCGAGGACGUGAAGAACAAGGCGUGCUGGGCGAAGAGCGUCUAUAUCGAAGGCCAUGUGGUUGUCAAUGGGAACCGCACCGGCAUUGGCUCCUUCGUGGUAUGGAAUAUCAAUGUGGAAACCCUACGGGGUGGCACGAUGCGCAUCCGCAAACGAUACUCCGAGUUCGACGACCUGCGCUACAGACUUCUCAAGACCUUCCCCAACUCAGAGGCCGCCAUGCCGCCGCUGCCCCCGAAGAGCGUAAUAUCGAAGUUCCGACCCAAGUUUUUGGAAACUCGAAGGGCGGGGCUACAAUAUUUCCUGAACUGUAUAUUAUUAAACCCCGAAUUCUCUGGUUCCCCGGCCCUCAAAGAAUUUUUAUUCUCCUGA